UGAACAUACAAUCAAGUUUUAAGAAUUUGGUUCCAGAUAGUUUUAAUAUUUAGUCAGUUAAACGAAUCAAGUACAAAUAUUUGCGUGGUGAAAUAAUCUCUUAACAGAACUUAUAGUUGUAUUUAUUGAAACAAAGUGUUAUUUCUGCUUAAUUCGAUUGGAUUAAAAAUAAAUAUAAACAACCGGAAAAGACACACCAUGGAGUCGAAAUAUCUAAUAAUUAUUGCAGUCGCUGUUCUGGGGGUUGUCAGUGUCAAAGGUCAAAACACGUGUCAGAGCAUGUUCCUGACCAACCUCAACUACUGCAACGGCAACCGCAGCAUCGCCACCGACAACUUCCUGUGGGUGGCCAGGAAUGGUGGCCUGGGAGCCCAGCCCACAGACCUCAAUGGGUUCAUGGCCAAACUUUGCCAAGAGAGACCAGGUUUGUACAUGUGUGUCAAAGCUGUAGUGGACAAUGCCCAGACUCUGCCGGACACCCAAUGUAACGCCACACAGAAGGCCAGUCUGAUGACCCUCUUCAAAGGACUUUUCAAGACAAUCAACAAAAAGUGUGAAGAUCCCUGCCGUGCGACCUUCAAACAAAGUCUGACCAAAUGCUAUACAGACCUGAACUUCCUCACCCAGGACGUCCUACUGUUUGGGGCCGCCUCCCCCAGGGAUCGAAUCAUUGGGGUCAAUGCUACAGAAGCUCAAAGACUUUGUCAAAAUCGCACUUCGAUCCUGCAGUGCCUCAACACCGCCGCCUCCACCUGCAAGGAUUCUCAAUUUCUGCUACAGAGCUACGGCCUUGACCUUACAGCCCUCAGUGAGACCUACACGGUGCUGUGUAACUACUCGAGCAUCUACAUGGAGUCUGUGAAAUGUUUUGAAAACCCUAGCACCGUUGUCCAAGCCUGCAGGAACACAAUCUCCACCAGGACCACGGCACUGACCACACAACUGGAUGACCUUGACAUCACGGAGGUCACGUACAGGGACGAGUUAUGCAAGGCACGUUUCGAGCAGAUCGAGUGCGAGCUGGGCGCGGUCAAGGCCGCCAACAACACGGCCAAGUGCAGCAAGGUCAUCCUGGGGUUCAGACAGCAGCAGGAGUGCCUGCUCCUGCCCCGGGCCUGCAUGAACGCCAACGCCGCCGUGUACAACCAGAUGUGCAAGGAGACCGAGUUCUACAUCCCUGAGCGGGCCAUCAUGGCCAUGGCCUACAACAGCGGGGGCGCUUUAAUGCCGGCCCUUUUGACCAUGGCCCUUGUGACUGUCGCGGUUUCUGUAAUACAAAUUUUGAGCUUAAUGUAA